ACAAGCGGGAUUUAGCAAGUAUUUUGUUACCACACUUCGAUGCAAUAGAUAUGAAAUUUGGUAGUCAAAUCAUAGAUAUGUUUUUGAUGCUUGCAGGAGGCCUACCCCCGUGACAAAGCAUCUACCAAGUAAUGAAACUAUACAAGGGGAGUGUACUUCACGAGAAACAAUAUUUUCAAAUCAAGUAAUAGCUGCAGGCACUUCAAAAAGUUCAAGACAAGGGUCUAUUUAUUUAGGCAAGAUAUCAAGCAGCCUUGAAUGUUGGUUUAACCAUGGACCAUAUUUGCAGGACCACUACGAGGGCCCUCGUACUCUCAAUCAAUGUUUGCCUCAAAGUGAAAUCCCAGGGUGGUUUAAAUCUGAAAAUAUUGCUAGAUCCUCAUCAGUAACAAUCGAGCUACCUCUAAAUUUGUAUGACAAUCUUGAGUGGAUGGGAUUUGCAUUUUGUGCUGUUUUCUCAUUUCAAAAGCAUCCUGCUUCCGUUCCUAUGAAAGGUUCAGAAUUUUCUUUUAUCAUCGUUUGUCAUUUGAAGACCGACUUGGGUUGUAUGAAUCCAUUAUAUAGCAUCAGUGAAGAGGACGUAAUAAUAUCAUUACAUCAACGUGGAUUCCUUUGGUUAUCAUUCAUUCCAUGUUGGUUUCUUUCACCUGAAUGGAGUCGAUGCACUACGGUUGAAUUCUCAUUUGUGAGCGAUAGUUCGGCUGUAUCGGCGCUAAAGUGUGGGGUCGAUCUUGUAUACCGGCAAAAAUUGGAAUUUACACGUAGAAUGGUACAAUGCAUAACCUCAUACGAUGGUCCUUUCACAUCGUAUGAAAGAUUUCCUUUUUAUCAUCCUGAUCAAUUCAGGAGCAGUGACGGCUCUAGUGGAACUUCUGGUCACUAUUCUUAUGAUCAAUUCUACAGAACUGCCGCCUUGGACUUUCAUCCAUCCACUUCGUAUAAUUUUUGCUUCCCUCCAAGUAAAAUUCAAGACUGGUUUAGUCAUCCGAAUCAUGGGCACUCAGUGACAAUUGACCUACCCUCAAAUUUGUACCACGAUAGUAAUUGGAUGGGACUUGUUCUGUAUGCUUCUUUCUCCAUCCAUGGGGAUCCAAACAUCAUCCUUAGCAAUCUGGCAUCAGGAAAAUCUCACUUCCUAUAUUGUCAAUGCCAAACGAGUAUGGCUAAUGUCGAUAAUCAGAAAAUUGCUUUCUCCACCAAUAAAGAAGAAAUCACGUGGUUACUUAAUCUAGGUGAAUUCAUUUGGAUAUGCUACGUACCAGGAGAGCCAUUUAAGAAUAUGUUGCCACACUGCAACCACAUUGAGGCCUCAUUUGUGAGUGAUUGGUCAGGCGUGAUAGUGCAGAAUUGUGCUUUACAACUUUUGUACCAGCACGAUCAAGUGCAGUUUGAGCAAGAACUAAAACACUGCAACAACUUGAUUUCAGAGAAUCGAAAGCUUGUUUGUAAACAACAAGAGGAUAAAAAAAAGUUAAAUGAACAAUACCUUGUUGAUGAAGGACUUCAAAGAAAAAUCUUUUCUAAUAUUGACUUUGAAGUUAAAAUAUUUCCGAGACUUAUUGAUCAAUCGGAGACAAAUGAAACUGAGACUCAACUUGGCCAAGGUGACCUGCUGGAGAACCAAGAGAAGGUGGACAAGUGGAGAGUUACUCCUAAAGAAGUGACAAAAAUCUCUAGAGAGCAUUUAGAGAAAAGGUAA